CCACCUGCGGGUGUUUCAGCAGAGCGUUACCGCUGUUUCUCUAGCGAAAUGGAGCGGACGGCCUUGGCUGUCUGUGAGAUUUUGAAAUAUUUAAUAAUUCACUGGAGGUGUGAAGCAGAAAUAUCAAAGGGAGCAUUGCUAGAAGGGCAGCUAGUGAUUUCCAUAGAAGCAUUAAAUUCUAAGCACCAGCCAGAUGUUCUUCACUGUGUAACAACUAUUGCUUCCGUAAGAAAUAUUUGUGGUAGCUUGGUCCUCAAGAAUUUCCUAAAAGAAAUACAGUCUAUACUGCACAGAUUCUCUGCAAAACUGACUUGGACUUCAGAGAAAAGCAGCUAUUCUCGGGACAUAUCAGGGAUUACACCCUUCAAGUUGACUUUUGAGAUUAAUGAAAAGCCAAGAACUUUGAUGAAAGAUUGUCUAUUUAUUAAGCAUUUUUUACAUAAAAUCAUCAUAGUACACCACAAGGUCAGGGUUACUCUCAGUGUAAAGGUAAAUGGAUUCCUUUCCACAGAGAGCUUUGGGGUAGAAAAUGAACCCACUUUGAACCUAUCAAAUGGAAUUGCUAUUGUCGUAAACUGUCGACAUUAUGUGAGACUAAAAUUCAGUACAGCUGAAUCACAUUGCAGCAGAAUCCACCCUGUGCUAGGACAUCCAGUAAGGCUCUUAAUUCCUGAAGAUGUGGCUGGCAUGGACUUGUUGGGAGACCUGAUAAUGAUUCCAGCUGCUGCUCUGUGUCCCAGCCCAAAGAUCUUUUCCAGCCAGCUGAACAGGAUUUCAUCAGUUUCCAUAUUUCUAUAUGGACCUUCAGGUCUGCCUCUGAUGUUGUCAAAUGAGGACCAACUAAGUACCAGUGUCUUCAAAGAUACUUUUUAUUUCAUUGACUGGAAGAAAUACCACUUGUGUGCGGUGCCCAGUGUGGAUCUCAGUUUGGAUAAAGAUUGGUUGCUUCCAGAUGUGAGUUAUCAAGUGGAAUCCAGUGAGAGGAAUCAAUCUCAGAAUAUGGAUCUUCAGGGACAAACUCUACUUCUUUUCCUUUUUGUGGAUUUCUAUAGUGGAUUUCCAGUCCAGCAAAUGGAGAUUUGGGGAGUCCAUACUUUGCUCACAGCUCAUCUCAGUGCCAUCCUCAUGGAGAGCCACAGUGUGGUACAAGAUACCAUUCACUCCACUCUAGACAAGAUCUUGGAGCAGAAUGACCAGGCUACCAAGGCUCAUCAGAAACUGCAGGCUUCACUUUCAGUGGCUGUGAAUUCCAUCAUGAAUGUAAUGACUGGGAGCACAAGAAGUGGCUUCCGAAAGACAUGUUUCCAGGCUCUUCAGGCAGCUGACACACAGGAGUUUGAGACCAAACUGCACAAAGUUUUUUGUGAUAUCAUUCAGCACCGAUUUCUUCACCACUGUUCAUGUGAUGUGAAACAGCAGCUAAUUCCAGAGAAGACGGAUUUGGCCCAGAGCACAGAGGACGCACAUGAGCACAGCAGCCCAGCCCUUCUUGCAGAGAUCUGGCAAGCAGAACACAAGAGACUCAAGAGCUGCAGCUUCCGCCAGGGCGAGAAGAGAGCUUUCACGGCCUCUCCUGGCACAGAGCCGCCCAACACCUCUCCCUUCCCGAGGGUAGAAGAGAUCCCCACAACCCAAGAUGGGGCUCCGGCCUUGGAGAGGGGAAGCCCCGUGAGCGGCCAAGAGGAUGCCCUGUGGCUACAGGAAGUUGCGAAUUUGGCAGACUGGCUGAAUCCAGGUUCUGGCGAGGGGUCGUAAAUCGUGACGAUCCAAAAACUCCUCGGGGACGUAUGGGGAGGGUUAUCUGCGGGCAACUGUAUGAUGUUUAAUAAAGCUGCUC